AUGUCUGAACAGCCCGAUGACUUGCCCACACGAUGGGAGGUGGAACUAGAGUUUGUUCAAUCGCUUGCAAAUAUCCAAUACGUCAACUUUCUAGCGCAAAACGACUACUUUAAUGACCCAGCAUUCAUCAAUUACCUCGAGUAUCUUAACUACUGGAGGGAUCCAAAAUACGCCAAGCACUUGGUGUAUCCCAACUGUCUACACAUCUUGACGCUACUACAGAACGAAGAGUUCCGAAAACAGAUUACAAACCCAGACCUCAUGAACAGUCUAAUGAAUGAUAUGGUGAAGAAGUGGCAGGGGGUCGACGAAAUCAAUUCUAUUCAUAAUGAGUCUAAGGAUGGGAAAGAUCUGGGGCAGGAUAAGCAAAAUGCAUCACAGGCAGACGCCAACAAGGCUGACCAACCAAAGGACGACAGUACUAUGGAAGUGGAUGGCCAGAGUAAACCACAAGAAGAGCCAGACGGAGAGGCGAGUGAUAAAGCCAAGGAAACAUAA